AUGGAUGAACGACUGGAUGAGAACGGAGAUGAGAAAUCUGCAGCUCGUGUGAUCUCCACGUGUUCAAGUGUACACUACGACACGUGUGUAAAUUAUCAACACGGGUACACGUUGCACUGCGGACGGAUCGGAUCCGUGAUCCGGUUUGAGGAUGGUGGACAUUUGUGGGAAUGGAUCUUGUCGUCUGACAUCAGACAAGGGGAGACUGUCUUCUGUAAUGCCCAACGACGUACAGUAGUGAGAGCCACAGUACCAGCUGAUGCGGACGUCAACGAGAUAGAGUUUCCACCUCGCUCUCAACCCCAACGGAUGGAUACCCCGUCGGCGGGUAACUUGUCAACUCCACCACCCUCAACCACUCUCAACACCGCUGCCGCAACACGCCCUCCACACCCCCGCAAAAAUGUCCCCAACCACUGGCGGAGUAGCGCCCCCCCGUGCGUUGACCGUGCUGCGUCUGAAGCGUCCCCGCAGCGCCACGCCCUUCUCCUCGUUGCACGUGUCGCUGCCGUUACACAAGCGUCCGCCAUCUCUGGCCCCGCUGUUCUCUGCGCUCUCGCUUUCUGCGCCGCACAUCCGCUUCCGCCGCCUCGCCGCGGAGCGUGCCCGCGAGGCGCUGCAGCAGCCCGGCGUCACGAUCGUCGAUGUGGGGCCGGACGUCGUGCGCAGGGGGGUCAAGAGGAGGAUGGAGGCGGGGGAAGGGGGGAGGAAGAGCGCCCGCAUGGAGGAAGGCAUGCUUUGUAA